CGGAAAAGAAAGCGCCUGGCUUGAAUUGUUUGGGGGAAGCCACGUGACCGGAACCGGGUGUGUUGUGGGCGGGUGUAGGAGAGCGGUUCCAAAGAUCCAGUCUGGCAGUAAGGUUCACCAUUCCCUUAGGUACCUAAGUGAGCAAGUUCUUCUGUAACGGGCGCUGGUUUCCCUGGCCGGGUUAUUUCUGGACCCUGGGAAAACAAUCCUCACGUAGUUUCCUGGCCCCAGGGCUGGAAGAGUCAGCAGUCAGCAGCGCAGCGGCGGGCACCGCAGCCCGGCGGCCCUGGAAUCUUGCACCGGCGGCCCUGGAACCUCCCAGGUGUCACACUCCUCAGGCAGUCUUGCUCACCUGUGAGUCUGAACUAAGAGCCCUGGAUGGUGAAGAGAGGAAACUGUAGAAAGAAUCCAGUAUCUACCAGAAUGUUUCUUUGUCCUGGGUCAGAAUAAAGAAGACAGAAAAGAUGGCCAGAGACCUUGUGCAAGCUAUGCCUUAUGCCAUACAAGGAACUUGGAGAGGAACAAGAAGAAGGAUGAAUGCUUCUCUGCUAAAUAUUUCGAAGGAUCUGUUAACAUUCAAGGAUGUGGCUGUGGACUUCUCACAGGAAGAAUGGGAAUGUCUUGACUGUGCUCAGAGGGCACUGUAUGUGGAUGUGAUGUUGGAAAAUUACAACAAUCUAUUUUUUGUGGUUUUUUCAGAAAAUGAUCGUAUGUGUCACAAAUAUAAGAAUGUCUUGGAUGAAGACGCACAGCAUAUUGUCCACCAGCAUGCGAAUAUCCAAGAGAAGUCUUAUAAAUGCCACGAACUUGCUAAAAUCAUUCAUGCAGCCACCCAAAAUAUUCCUUAUAAAAUUAACCUCAUACAGGUUAAUACAACUGUUGAAUCAUCAAACCCAAACAGACAUAGAAUUGGAAACAUGAGAGAGCCUUGUAAAUAUAAAAACUGUAUAAACUGUUUAAGUUUGUGUUCUAUCAUUAGUCUAAAUCAAGGAAUCCACAUAAACAAGAAAGAACACAAUGUUACAGAGUUUGAUAAGAUUUUUGAGUCUAAAGAAAAACGCGUGCUGAAACAAACCAAUAGUGGAAAGAAACCUUACGAAUUUAGUGAAUGUGAGAAAUGCUUCAUCCAGAUAUGCAAUCAUAGAAGUCAUCAGCGAAAUUAUACAGGAGAGAAACUUUGCAAAUGUACUGAAUGUGACAAAUGUUUUGCCCUCAAAAGUGAUCUUAGAAUUCAUCAGCAAAUUCAUACAGGAGGGAAACCUUACAAAUGUAAUGAAUGUAUCAAAUCUUUUACCCAGAAAUGCAGUCUAAAAAGACAUCAGAGAAUUCAUACAGGAGAAAAACCUUACAAAUGUAGUGAAUGCAACAAAUGUUUUCCCAACAAAUGCAUUCUUAUUAUUCAUCAGAAAAUCCAUACAGGAGAGAAACCUUACAAAUGUAAUGCAUGUGGAAAAUGCUUUACCCUGAAAGGAAAGCUUAGAAUUCAUCAGAGAAUUCAUACAGGAGAGAAACCUUACAAAUGUCGUGAUUGUGACAAAUCUUUUACCCAAAAAGGCCAUCUUAUGACUCAUCAGAGAAUUCAUAGUGGAGAGAAACCUUACAAAUGUAGUGAAUGUGACAAAUGCUUUAUCCAAAAAUACAGUCUUGCAACUCAUCAGAGAAUUCAUACAGGAGAGAAACCUUACAAAUGUAGUGAAUGUGACAAAUGCUUUAUGCAAAAAUACUGUCUUAUAACUCAUCAGAGAAUUCAUACUGGAGAGAAACCUUACAAGUGUAGUGAAUGUGACAAGGGCUUUAUCCAAAAAUACAGUCUUGUAACUCAUCAGAGAAUUCAUACAGGAGAGAAUCCUUACAAAUGUAGUGAAUGUGACAAAUGUUUUACCCUUAAAAGUCGUCUUAAAAUUCAUCAGAGAAUUCACACAGGAGAAAAACCUUACAAAUGCAGUGAAUGUGACAUGUCUUUUAUCAAAAAAAUCUAUCUUAGAAUUCAUCAGAGUAUUCACACAGGAGAGAAUCCUUACAAAUGUAGUGAAUGUGACAAAUGCUUUACCAACAAAGACUAUCUUGGAAGUCAUCAGAGAAUUCACACAGGAGAGAAACCUUACAAGUGUAGUGAAUGUGAAAAAUGCUUUACCCACAAAGGCAGUCUUAAAAGACAUCAGAGAAUUCAUACAGGAGGGAAACUUUACAAAUGAAGUGAAUGAGACAAAUCUUUUACCAAGAUAGACCUUCUUUGAACUUAACAGAGAAGAUAUAUACUAGAGAGACAUUAUAAAUGCAGUAAAUGUGCAAAUACUUUAUUUUUGGCUCAUCUUAUAGAAUACUUUAGAGAAAAUAUACAAGAGAGAAACUUACAAAUAUGUGAGAAAAGAUCUUUUCCCAAAUCUCAUGUGUAACAAUAUAUCUAGAAAUUUAUAGUGUUGUGUGCGUGUGUGUGGGGGGGGGAGAAUUUCCACAGGAAGAAAUGUGGUAUGUGAUACUUUUCAUGACACUUGAGGCUCCACACUAGAAAAUUAUUAUGAACACGAGAAACUUGUAAAAGUCUCCAAGUCUUAGAAGUAUUUUUGCUGAGAGAAACUCUGAAAAUGUGACAAUGAAGAAAAUUACUUGUCCUCUCUCAAAUAUUUCAUAAUGGAGAAAAAGUAAGAAAGCCAGAAGAAUGUGGUAUUGUGUAACAGUGCUUGUAGACCAAAAUAGUUCAUUGGAAAAGGAAAAUGAUUAAUGCAAUUAAUAUACCACUCAAAAUAGAUAUUGAAACCAGUAGCAUUCUGUAUGUUUAACUCAAAUGAAGAAACUCAGACAAAUUUUACUUCUUAAAAGAGGAUAAGACAAACUGAGCCACCAACAUAAGAUGAUCUUUAUCCUGUUGAUAUGCCUACAGAUAUAGAGUUUGCUCUCAGUGUCCAGUAUUCAUGAUCUGUAUCAUAUGCUGGUUUCACAUUUCUGGAUAGCAAACUGUCUUUGUGUUCCAUGUGCUAUUGUCACCAAAUUCUUGCCCAUAUUCCUGUAUGUAACUCCAAUAAAAUUCAUUGGUUCACCAA